AUGGAAGGAAAGAACUGCUUCCGUACUCAGUGGUCGCAGGUGCCACUAUACAGCGGUGGGAACAUCGCGUCUCUGUUGCUGCUUCCAAAUUCUCAAAUUUCCUCUUCAUUGCAUUCCCCGUGUUUGAAUGGGGUGGAGUGUCUCGUGGCGGCAUGUGGUGAUACAAUUAAUGUGUUACGCGCAAGUGACGGCGAACGGUUGGCGUCGUAUACAUUACCUGUAGAAGACGUGAUUCUUCGCAUUGAUGCCGUCACGGUAGCUCCCAUUGCAAAACCAUCCGCUACUACCAAACACUCUCACGGUUCUGUUGCCGACGGGAAAAGUAGGAAAACGAAGCGCGAUGAGGUGAGGGAUGGGGAAGAUACGAAAGUAGUUGAUGCUGCAGUUCCUUGUGGAAGUUACAUUGCUGUGGGAACACGUUCUCUGCAAAUUUAUGUUUUACGAGUUGAAGGCGCCUACCCCAAUUUGGUUGAGGUGGGCGAGACGAAGGAGGGAGGUGAUGGAGGAGAUCAGCGAAUAAUAUCGUCUUCAGUUACAAAGGCUGUGAGUGAUACAAAUCUCAUCUGCACACUCUCACCGCUUCGGUCUUGGACGGCAUCGCAGCAGGCAAUUUCUGUCGUGCAGUUCACUUUUGAUGGGUCUCAUCUCGUCUCGGGCUCAACAGACGGAGGGGUGAAGGUGUGGGAUGUGUUUCAACAUUACCUCACACACAAUUUGCACUCUCCUUCAGCAUGUCUUGCACAUUCCUUCUACGUGAACUCUGCAAAGGAGUUUAUUUGUGUUGGGAGCUUUGAAGGGCACGUUGCUGUGUUUGACUUUGUCGAAAAAACAUUAGUUGCCCAUGCUCGGCCUCAUGUGGCAGCUGUUGAAGCAAUUUGUCUUACGGCAGACAACAAACACCUCCUUUCCGUUGGAAGGGACCGAAAAGUUGUCAUUAACAAGAUGACGAAAACCGGAUUGGAGGAACUGCGUGCCGUUGUAGUAAAGGAGCAUGUUUCUUCUGCGUUAUUCGAGUCAGCCUUUCGGCUUCAUAUUGGUGCAAUGGAUGGAGUUAUAUCGACAUAUAACGUUAGUGUAACGGAACCAUUACAACUUUCCCGGAGGCGGCGUAAAGUUGGUAGUGAUGUCGAGGAAUCCGAUGGUGAAUUAGCAGUCCGUAGUCUCGUUGUGGCAAACAAACCCAGAGGGACGCAUGAAGUGGGUUUACUUCAUGGUGUAGUGGAAGAUGACAACCCAUCACGGUUGUACACUGCAGACGCUUCCUUUAACAUUUCACUUUUGGUGCCACACCCAGAAAAGGCAACUUACGUUCCGGACGUCACCCUGGUGGGCUUUUUGGAUCAGGUUCUUGACGUGAAGCUAUUUCCACCUCAUUCUCCCAUUCAUCGAGUGGUGGUCACGAACAGCAAGGAUUUACGUUGCUACCCUUCUCAAGGUUGCCUUUCAUCUGUGUGUCUGUCAGGUCAUAGUGAUAUCGUAUUAACAUGCGCUGUUUCUGUUGAUACGUGCUUGAUUGCGACCGCGGGGAAGGACUGUACGGUUCGGUUUUGGUCGACAGAGACGUGGAGCACCAUUGCAAUAGGUGAGAAGGGCCACAAUGCGGACAUUACUUUUAUAUCCUUUAAUGCAAAGCAGUCCGAUAGCUACUUUUUACUAUUCUCCGUCGGCACGGAUGAGAAUUUAUGCCUUUGGGAUGUGGGGACGCACGUACUGCCCCUUGUUACAAAGCGGAAGAGCUCAUCAGAGGAAACGCUCCCCAUUACUUUCACUCACCGUGCUGGUAUCAAUUCAGCACAUGAAGGUUCCAUUCAUACCUUGGCUGUGGCUCCCAAUGACCAAUACGUUGCAACGGCAGGAAAGGAUAAGAAUGUUAACUUGUGGACCGUUUCUGGGAAGAAACUCUUUCGCGAUGCUUCACUGAAGGGCCACCGUCGCGCCGUGUCAUCGCUGGCAUUUUCGCCCACUGAUCGUGUAUUAGCAUCCGCGUCUAAUGAUGGGAGUGUUCGCUUAUGGUCAUUGGUUUCAUUGACGUGCGUCAAGGCCUUACAGGUGGAUCGAAUACCGGUGCUUCAGCUUUCUUUUUUCAACGGUGGGACACAACUCGUGACGGGCAACGCCGAGGGAGUUUUGCGUGUGUGGGCGAUUUCAGUGGCGGAGGUUGUGUGGUCGGGGGAGACGCAUGAAGAGAAGAUUUGGGCGCUUUGUGUUUCUGAGCCUGAAGGUGGAAAUAUAACUUUUAUCUCUGGUUCCGCCGAUGGUGUGCUCAUAGCGACGGAAGAUUAUACGGCAGAGGAGGCGGAACGUGUGCGACAUGAGCGGCGGGACGUAAUAUUGAAGGAACAAGAAUUGGCCAAUGCGUUGCGUAAGGGUGAAUACGUGGAAGCUUUCAUGCUUGCACUGAAACUAAACCAUCCGCGUAAUCUACGUCAAGUGGUGCUGCGGUGGUCCAUUAAGGAUGCGAAGGGUUGUGAAGAAUCACUAUGUAAAGUAGUACUUCCUGCCUUGAAUGAGGAACAGUUGGUGCGGUUGCUGCAAUUUACUCGAGAAUGGAUCACCAAUGCCAGGCACUGUGGGGUUGCUAGUCUUGUCAUACACACUGUUUUGAGGGCUUUCCACUUUUCCACGCUUGCAGAAAUGCCUGCCAUUUCUAAAGUGCUUGAAGCGUUACUGGCUUACACGCAGCGCCACACUCACCGUGUCCAUGAUAUGCUGAGAAGGACAUAUUACAUUGAUUACGUAACGCGUUCUUUGGUCCCUCCGGAACUUACCAGUCAGCCGCCAUUUGUUCACAGCCUGGCAUCAGCUGCGAGGCCACCAGCAAAAAUGCAGCGCCGUGAGAAGACUUGA